AUGAGUGAUGAGGAACAAUUGUUAACUCAGGCGAAAAAACGGCGCGAACGUGUGUUGAAGCAAUCGAGCUUCCGUAUGGAGGCGGUAGGCGGAAGUGACUUGGGGAGUCCGGUACCGGAUGCGAUGGAGAGUGAAGUGGUAUAUGAUGAAAGAAUCUUCAGCGUUCGUAAGGCACGAGUUGAAGCUGCCUGGUUCAUUUCUUUGGUCUUUGGAAGCGCUUAUUAUGGAGUCUAUUAUGACCGCGUACUCCGGCUAGACCAAAGCGGAUUAUACAUACAUCCCAUCCUACUAUUCGCACUCGGUGAAUUCAUCAAAUACCUUUUUAUAGUUAUGAAGAUGCCACAAACAGACAACUCAUAUGGUAUGGCACUAUCAAUGUUUUCCGAGGCGUUCAAGCUUAACCCGGUCAUGAAGAAACUCAUCAACAACGCUCCUGCACUCUGGAAUCAUUACAAAGUCAUAGGCGAUAUCGCAGGCGACAUCUGUCUUGCACUCCUCGUUAUCAGGUUCUUUAUGCUUGUUGCUAACUACCUCUAA